CACCACUACUUCCGGGUUUCGGCAGUCUGGUCCAUAUCCACUCCUCAGUCGCGUUUCCCAACUACUCGCACCCAUUGUACACAAACCAACGAGGAGUUGGCGACUGAGCACAGCAUCGAUCGAGGGCUGCUCCUUUAAGAAAGACUAAGCCUGAAUUAUCACCCCACCUCCUCCUGAUCUCCUUUACAGGGCUUUUGCGUUUUAAAAAAUCAACCCAGGAGCCGAGAGUGAUCAAAAGAAAAACGAGUGAGCUGAAUGUUUUGUGUGCAUUUGACUAUUCACAUUAGGUGUGCUAACCCGUGGAAGCGCGGCGCGGAUCAUCAUUCAUUCCGGGCUACUUUGACAAGCCUCGGCGUUUGAUUGACAGGCGUGGUGGCAAAAAGCCAUGAGACUUCGCUAGUUUUGUUUUGAGGGGUAUUUUCAUACUGUUUUUUGGGAAAAUAAGACUGGGCUUUCUCUCCCUAUGCCACUGCCCUGGGGAUAGCUCAGGCCCUAUUCGCGGUUGCUUUGGACUGAACUUGAGCUGAAGAGGGCUGGUUUGAAUUCAUCGUUGCAUUUCUCUUGCAAGAAAUACGGAUUCUUGAAAGAUUUCGCAUUUGGAAUUUGCGUUUUUAUUUGUUCUUCACCCUGGCCUCUUAGGGGAUAUAUCCGAAGCGAAAGGAGAGAAGAAGAGAGGGACUAGAGGAGGGAUAUGGCGCAGCGGUACGAAGACUUGCCCCACUACGGGAUGGACGGGGUGGGUAUCCCCACCACCAUGUACGGUGACCCGCACGGUGCCCGCUCAAUGCAGGCCGUCCACCUCAACCACGGCCCCCAGCUACACUCACACCAGUACCCGCACACAGCCCACAGCAACGCCAUGCCGCCUAGCAUGGGCUCGUCCGUCAACGACGCCCUGAAGAGAGAUAAAGACCAGAUAUAUGGGCACCCCCUGUUCCCCCUGCUUGCACUGAUUUUUGAGAAAUGUGAAUUAGCGACUUGCACGCCCAGAGAGCCUGGGGUCGCGGGAGGAGACGUUUGUUCAUCGGAAUCUUUCAAUGAAGAUAUAGCAGUGUUUGCAAAACAGAUUCGGGCAGAAAAGCCGUUAUUUUCAUCGAAUCCAGAACUGGAUAACCUGAUGAUUCAAGCCAUUCAAGUUUUACGGUUUCAUCUUCUGGAGUUGGAAAAGGUACACGAACUAUGUGACAAUUUCUGUCACCGGUACAUCAGCUGUCUGAAAGGAAAGAUGCCCAUCGACUUGGUGAUCGACGACAGAGAGGGCGGAUCAAAAUCGGACAACGAGGAAAUAACAAGAUCAUCCGGGCCUCUUGAUCAGACUUCCUGGAACAGAGAGCACGAUGACACGGCAUCCACGCGCUCCGGAGGCACACCUGGUCCGUCAAGCGGGGGACACACAUCACACAGCGGGGACAACAGCAGCGAACAGGGUAAGACACACGGGACCACAGCAGAGAACAGGGUAAGACACACGGGACAACAGUAGAGAACAGGGUAAGACACACGGGACAACAGUAGAGA